CCGGAUGAUCGGGUUCUCCCUACCCUUUCCAGAAAUCACUGGGGGUGGGGAAGAAAAGAGAAGGCGCCAGGCUAAGCCCCCGAAUUUUUUCAGGAAAGGAGGAAGUGGGAGACGAGGGACCCGUUGGUGUCCCCCGCGCAGUUCCGCCCUGGGCACGGCCCUUUUCUACACAAGGCCUGUUCUCCCCAGCCUCCACCCCUAGGGAGUACUCGUCGCAGGCCCUGAGCUCAGCAGGCCGGAAUGCAGCGAUAAAUCAGACAUAACCCCGGAGAGCAGGGCCGGCCCGGGCCGUCAGCCCGCGCAUAAAAGCAGCGGUUGCCCGAGACGCCAGAAAGUGCCCGCGGGCGGCGAGGAGGUGGGACGUGAAGGCAGACGCAGCGGCGACAGCAAUCUCCGCCCGCUCCGCCGGCGACGUGAACCCCCAGAUGGCGCUGUCCAGGACGCUCCUGCUCCUCCUGUUCUUGCACCUGUCGCCGCUCGCGGGUCGUUCCCACCCGCUGGGCGGCCCAGGCGCGGCCUCAGAAGUGCCACAGACACAGUCACAGGAGCUGCUGGACGGUCUGCAGGACCCGGUCUCGGAGCUGGAGGCAGAGCAGGUGGCCCUGGAACCUCACCAGCAGGACCGCGGCCCGGCAGAAGCCCGGGAGGCCCGGGAGGCAGACCACGCAGGCGUCCACCCACCACCCCAAGACGCUGCCUUCCAGACCCCAAGCGAGCAAGACAAGUCCAAGAAGACGCGUUCCUCAAGCUGCUUUGGGCGGAGGCUGAGCACAAUAAACGUCCGGAGCGACCUGGGCUGCAAUGUGAUGAAGAAGAAUUAAAAGGAAGUUCUGGCCACAGCACCUGCAUCUGAUUCCCCCAGGGGAUCCUUCAACCCCAGGAUCCCCAUUGAAGUGACUCCUAUUUAUUUUUAUUUACUUAUUUACUCACGUGGCUGUUUUGUAUACAAUGGUUUCUUACCUUUGGGCACAAAGUGAAAUAAAGUCAAUGUUAUCACUUU